ACUGUAUGACGUCAUGUUUAUGACAAGCUCUCCAACAUGGCGGAGAAGGGUCCACAAGUGAAGAUUGGGCAUUAUAUAUUAGGUGAAACACUUGGUGUUGGCACCUUUGGCAAAGUAAAAAUUGCCACACAUCACCUAACAGGUCACAAGGUAGCUGUGAAGAUUUUAAACAGGCAGAAAAUUAAAAGUCUCGAUGUUGUCGGGAAAAUCAGGAGAGAGAUUCAGAAUCUCAAACUCUUCAGACAUCCUCAUAUCAUCAAACUAUACCAGGUGAUGAGCACCCCAACAGACAUCUUCAUGGUCAUGGAAUAUGUGGCUGGCGGUGAACUCUUUGAUUACAUCGUCAAGCAUGGCAGGCUGAAGGAUGUGGAGGCAAGGAGGUUCUUCCAGCAGAUUAUUUCUGGGGUGGACUACUGUCAUCGACACAUGGUGGUGCACAGGGAUCUCAAACCUGAAAACUUGCUGCUAGAUCAGAACACUAACGUUAAAAUAGCUGACUUUGGUUUGUCUAACAUGAUGCAUGAUGGAGAAUUCCUGCGGACAAGUUGCGGCUCCCCGAAUUACGCUGCUCCUGAAGUUAUAUCAGGAAAGCUGUACGCGGGUCCGGAGGUGGAUAUCUGGAGCUGUGGUGUUAUCCUGUAUGCCUUGCUGUGUGGGACGUUACCGUUUGAUGAUGAACACGUCCCUACAUUAUUCAGGAAGAUCAAAUCUGGCCUAUUUGCCAUCCCUGAGUAUCUCAACAAGGAUGUUGUGUCGUUACUGUGCCAUAUGCUGCAAGUAGACCCUCUCAAGAGAGCAACAAUACAAGAUAUCAGGGAUCAUGAGUGGUUCAAGAAAGACCUGGCAGGGUACCUGUUUCCAUCUCCCAACGACCAGGACGCGUCUAUAGUGGACCUGGAUGUCAUCCGAGAAGUUUGUGAUAAAUUCAACGUAGAUGAGCUCGAUGUGCAGAGAGCCAUCCUGAGUGGGGAUCCCCAUGACCAACUGGCUAUAGCCUACAACCUCAUCAUAGACAACCAGAGGUUUGCUGAUGAAACUUCCAAGACAGAGUUGAAAGAAUUCUACCUUGCCUCCUCCCCGCCUCCAGAAUCAUUCCUGGCAUCUAGUCCUAUGAAACCUCACCCAGAGCGAAUGCCAGAAAUAAAGGAUGUGACACACACGUUAGAUCCUAUCAAAAGUCCCCCGUCAGGACAGAGGCCUGUUCAGCCUGCACCAAAGAAAGCCAAGUGGCAUCUGGGUAUUCGAUCACAAAGCAAGCCACAAGAUAUUAUGCAUGAAGUCUUUAGAGCUAUGAAGUCAUUGAAUUUUGAAUGGAAAAUAGUCAACAAUUAUCAUGUCCGAGUUAGAAAGAAGAAUGAAAUCUCUGGAAAGUUUACCAAGAUGAGUCUCCAGCUGUAUCAGGUUGACCAGAAGAGCUUUCUGCUGGACUUCAAGAGUCUUUCUACCGUACAGACAAUGGAUGCCAUUGAAGCUCUGGAACAGAUAACAGACGAGAGGAUGGAUGUGGAUGAGGAGGGAGAUGGACAGUGUCACCAGACCCUAGAGUUUUUCGAGAUGUGUGCCAAUCUCAUCACAGCACUUGCUCGAUGAGUCACAGACUAAUCACUUCACGGGAUUGUAUACACCGCGUUCCUUCAUCAUCCAUGAAUACAUAUGGCUGCUAUGAGGUGUACUUGCUAUAUUUAACCAACUAAUCAAGCAAUGGCCAGAUUCCAGCCACAAGGAAGCCAGCCUGUGUGUAGACAAAUACAACCAAAACAGUAUUGUUUCUUGUUUGACAAGUGCCAUAGAGGUGUGGCAUCUGCUCUACGUGUUGCUUUAAUAAGCAGCCUCAUUUCGUUAGUUUUCCAACGAUAGACAUAUCACCACUCCACUGCAUAGCGUCUAUAUGUAUUCCUGGUUGACGGAGGGACUUUGUGUCUAUGUCUGAUUGACGAUGCAGAACAAUUGGCAUGGUGCACUGGGAAUGGAUAAGCUCAGGCUGUGAGUUGCUCAGUAGGUGUUGAAAUGAAGAAUGGUCAGAUACAUGUGUACAGAAUUGAUGGUUAUACUCAGAAAUGUUCUCGCACAAAUAAUAUGAUUAUGUUCAACAUAUGACUGUAUGUAUGCUUGUAUAAUAUUCGCAUCAUAGUAGGCCGAUUGGGACGAGAGUGUGAGAAGGAAACAAAUGAAAACAGAGUUGCUAGUUUGUCAGAAAGAUGAGGUGUUGACUGUAUAGUAUUGACAAGUUGUGUACUCAGUUGUAUGAAAAUCACAAAGCAUAAUCAGAAAUGAUCAUUAUUCUCAUAAAGAGCAUGAUGCAUUUUACAAAUACUGAAUAUACCUGAAGCAGGGAUUCAACUGGGUCUAUCUAGUUUCAAGGCCAGGGACUCGAGGUAAUUUCUUUUGGGGGUCCCAUUUUACUGAUGCAGUGAUGACAUAUUAUUGCACAUGCUAAGAAGUCUUAAGCAUAUUUAUAGAUGGGGAUUUCCCUAUUAGAUUCAUGGAAAUCAGCUACUGACACUCUGAACUUGUGUGUAUUUCAGACAAGAAUAGAAAUAUCAGUUGCAGCAUGCAAUCCACAAUAUUAAUUAGACUUAAUGGUUCAAACAGCCAUAUUUUUGGUUUCCAGGAGGACAUGGAAUGUUAAUUAUUUGCAUCUAUUCUCAAUUUUGCAUCUGAUAAAACCCUGUCUGAAGACAACCAUUGUUUGUUGUAGAUUUGUUUUGAGAUAUUUAUCGUGUUUUUGAAAAUUUGAAGUCUGCAUAAGAUGAUGAAAAACUCCAUUGAAGUAGGACUCUUGAUUGAGGAUGACGAACGAGGGAGUUGACUGAAUGUUUGUUAUCUUGAACACAACUUUACAAAAUGUUUGCUUGUACAUUUCACAUUUGAACAUUUUCCUGAAAUAAGCUCCAAAGUUUGUUUUGAACAGAAAAAAAUUACAAUACUGAUCUGGCUGAUUGUGUUCAUAUUGUAGUGCAAUGUUUGCUGCAGAAGAAGUUGUAAUUUGUUAUCAUCCUGAAAAUAUGUACAGAUUUAAUGUAGGUACUUAAAAUGAUCUCACUGUCUUUGAACAGGCAGCGAAACCGCUGUUGUUAAAAUGUAGUGCCUUUUUGUACAUGGUCAUCUGAAAGUGAUUUUUGUGUCACUUAAAAAAGUAGGUAAGCUCUGUGUCUGAAGCAGCUUGUUAGGCAUUUGUCAUAGUUGAGUCUUCCUUCAACUGUAUAUAUUCAGGAGAGAUCUUAAACCUCCUUUUUUGUGUUGAAGUGACAGGUCAGAUGUUGAGGGGUUUUCAUUGGGUAUAAAGAAUUUGUUACUAACCAUUAUAACUUAUAAAAAAAUAUUGAAGGUAACAUUACAUACACAACUGUAUUAAUACCAGAAAGUUGUGUAUAUGUAUGCAUGUUUCAUUGGACAGAUAUCUGCAAUUUCGCUUCUGCUAUUUAUGCAACAUAAGCCAAUGCUAUUCUUUAAUACAUGCCUAUUGUUUUAUUUAUGAAGAAUAUAUUUUGUUCAGUAUAACCAUGUUUGUUUCUGAUGUUUUGUUACUGCAUAUUAAAAUGCUGCUGCAAAGAUGAAAGUUUUUUAAUUUCUUUAUGUCUUCAAGAACAGAACAACACAUCGGAAAUGCUUAUAUAAGCUUUGAGAAAACUAAGUGUGCCUGAUUCCUUUUGUUAUAACUAGACCAAAAGGCAGGAGACACAACUUGAAAACAUCAUCUGAGUUGGUUUCAGACUGAUUCCCUAAACUGAACAUGCUAAAAGUGUUGAAACAAAAUAUUGGACAAGAUAUGUUUUUUAAAGCAUAUUUUCAACUGUAUUUGUCAUUUUCAAUUUGUUUCUGUUUGGGAUUGUACAAAAUGUUGGAUAGACUUGUCUGUAAGGAGAAAAACCCAUUGAUCUGGUUGUAUGGUCGACAUAGACUUGUAGACAUUGCCAGUCCCUGCAAGUUUGGAUUCAAGUCGUUCAAACAUUUUGGUUGUUUGUCAAUUCAAGUUUGGAUAUGUAUUUGAAUCAGAAAGUUGAGUUUUGACAGUAAUUACACAGCAACCAUGUCUCAAUUUCAAACUUCCAAUGUCUAUCGGGUAUAGUCCCCCUCUAAAACAUGUUGAAGUCAUAUCGGCCAUGUGUGAUAAAAAUAUCACUGGCAAUAUUAGUUAUAUCUGAAAAAAUUGAAAUAAGAGUACCGGUAGGUCAUUUUAUGGCAAGUCAGAACAUCUUAAUCAGUAUAAGAUGUGAGGUGGAAAUGUUCUACAUCCUAGGGUGUACAUGUGUGAAGGUGAACAGGGCUGUGAUUGGAACUUUCAUAAAUGGCAUCCAUGUAUCAUGUUGUUUGUAUGAUAAUGUUUUUAUAUGGAAUAUAGUCAAUGUGUCAUCUGCCAAUUCGUAAAUCCAAUAUCCCUGAUAUGCUUUUGUUAAAUAGGAAUUCUUUUCACGCUGGAGUCAUCAUGUGCAGGUUUGAUGUGAAAUAUAUAGAUAUAUGAUCAGACCUGUCAAUUUGCAUUCACAAAAGAAGAAUGUGAUCUCCCUGCAAAGUUAGUGCCUUUUCAUGUAUUUUUAAAGGGUGAGUUGAAGAUUGAGUUCAAGCAUAAUCUCAGAGUAAACAAAUAUGUGACAUUGAUUAUCUUAUGAGACCUUUUUGCUAAAGUGAAUUAAUUUCCAGUUUUAGCAUGGAGUGUAAUAUGUACCUCUUCAUGACUUCAGUUUGCCCAAAUGUGUGGUUCGGGCCAUGAAGGUAGCAAAUAAUUGUGAUCAAAUUGUUAGGAAUGAAUUCUGCAUAAAUACGGUAGUGUUCAUUGUUGUUAGACAUCCUUAAACUUUCUUUUGCAUAUUUAUAAAGUUAAUAUAAUUUAUCAUAAAGAAGCAAGAUAAGUUUACUGUUUUUGUUAACUUGUCCUUUUUCUGCCGUUAUGUUUAGUAUAUCAUUUGGGUCAUAGUUUGCCUGUUAUCUGUUGAUGCAAAUCUGUUAUUGACAGUCACUGCUGUGGGAAUCAUCAUGUUCCUAGUUGGAAGAGCUCAUUCUUUCAGGACUUGCUGGGUUCUAUAUUUGUAUUUGAUACACUGGUUAUAAUAUUGUAAAUGCUUUCUUGUGUGGAAUCACUGGAAUGUAUAAAUGCUUUGAUAUCAAGUGCUAGAUAGGAUAACCAAAUAAAGUCUGAAGUUGA